UCAUAGUAAGACAGAAUCGGAGAACAUGGACUGAACUUCGUAGAACAAAGUAAAAUCGGGCCCCAUUAGCCGAGGAACUAUUUCGCUCGUCGGGAUGCUAAUCAGAUGGUUGGUUGCCAUAAAUACCAGUCACCGAAAUUCCGUCAACAUUAUUCUCCUUUCACGUCGUCAAUGCACUCUGACGUUGGACUUACUGGAGCGGUGGUGCACGUUCAGAACCGGAAGCCUAACCAACCGUACGCUGGUUAAGGAAGCAGCUUCGGACAGACUUUCUUGAUCUCGGUCACUUAGAAAAAUCUCUUCCUUUUGUUUCCCUAGUCCCCCCUCCCUUCGUAUAAAAAAGCAGAAGCGGCAAUAGCAGCAGAAGAAGAACGAAGAAAAAGAAAACCCCGAAAGAAGAGUGUAAUCAAACAACUUCUCUUUUCUUUUUCUUUUUUGUUUGCUUUUUUUAAUAGCAUCAUCGAUUUAUUAUAAUUUUAUUUUGAUAAUCAUGUCGUUCCCCAAAAUCCUUCAAAAACCCUCUCUUUCUAAAUGUCUCCUAUCUGUCGACGAUGGAUGGAGAGAAACCCUCUUGUCUUAGUUUCAUUUAUGGUCUGCCUCUAGCACACCACCCAGUUUGCACAAUAAAUUUAUUCUCGAUCUCCUCAUCGUCCUGAACUCCGAAUCGAAGUGUUUCGUCGUCUUCUUCUUCGAUGACUGCAACGAUUUCCCUGGGAGAUACCUGGUCGUAUUAGGGUUUCCGAGAUGGCUUCCGAGGAGAUGAAUUUGGUCCCGUCCCAGAGAAUGGAGAACGGAUUGAAUUCACAGAUAGUUUUCCAGGAUGAGGGCCUGCAGUUCAACUGCGGUGCUCCUCAACGUCGUGUUGCUGAUCCCGCACGCAAGACCAGGGAGGUUAGCGGUUUCGUCGAAGAGAAGAUGUUUCCAGUCGACCGGGACCGCUACUUCCGGACGUCGGGCCCGGAAUUCCGACGGGGUCUUUAUGACAGCUCCCCUGGCAGGCAAGACCGUCCCGAAACUCAGCAGAAUUGGAAUGCUGAUGCAAGUGCUGGGACACCCAGCAUCGAUGGAUCCGAAGGUGAGGAGGAAGAUGAAGAUGACGAUGAAGACGAUGAGGACGAUGAAGUCGACGGUGAAGUGGAGGGUUUGGUUGCCGCCGAUGACAGCAACAAGAACAACAAUAAUAGCAGCAGUAGUGUACAUAGUAGCUCCGAAAAAAUACGCAGCGAAAAAUCAAAUUUGCAGAAACACCAUUCUUCUUUUGGAGGAUCAGGCAGGGGAGUAUUGGUGAAGGACGGGAACGUUGUUCAGUCCGCAACUAGUAUUAGAGGGAGUCCUAGUGAACAGCAACAUCAGCAAGGUCGGAUGACUCACUGCGAGAAUGCGGUUACAAUUGCGGAGCCUGAUAUGUACUAUUCACAGUUCUUCCAAGGGACGGAAAGUUCAGUCCUCGCGCAGAAGGAAAUAGGAGAGAACGGGUGCGGGUUUAGUGGGAGAAAGGAUGGUUCUUUGUCUACUGAAUCAGGGGAGUCUCUAAGGACAAUUUUAUCAGAUCCUCUGACGGGAACUCUCAUGGAUGAUGCAAUGAUUUUGCCUUGUGGACACUCAUUUGGAAGUGGUGGAAUGCAACAUGUAAUUAGAAUGAAGGCUUGCUAUACUUGUUCCCAGUCAGUUUCAGAAGACUCAGUGGCAUCAAAUCUAACUUGGCCAUAUUUGAUAGUUUUCAGUAUAAUUUUAUCUGCUUCAACAUCUCUGCGUUCUGCAGUUCAGGCAUUUCGUCGGGAAGAAGAAUUACAGUCUUACAGGGCAUCCAAAAAAAGACGUGAAAGAUUUGAACAGGAUAAGUAUGGUUAUGGUGACCAGUUCCCUGCAGAUUCAAGGGGUAGAGGUGUUCAGUUUCCAUUUGCAGUUACUGACCGGGUUAUAAUAAAGGGUAACAAAAGGACACCACAGCGCUUUGUUGGACGUGAAGCUAUUGUAACUACUCAGUGCUUGAAUGGAUGGUAUGUUGUAAAGACAUUGGACAAUGCAGAGAGUGUCAAAUUGCAAUAUCGUUCUUUGGCAAAGGUUUCUGAUAACCUGACGAUGAGUGCGAUGUCAAGCAAGACUGCUCCAAACUGGCUUUAACCAUAAGAUACCCCCAACGGAAGCAACAAUAGACGUUGGCAGAAUUGACAGUACUCCACUGGAACCCCCCUCCCCCCUUAAAAGGAUGACUGCGCUCAAAAAGUGUUUUAGAUGAUACCUCACGAUGUAAGCUAUUAAAGCAUCAUGUAGGACAUUUUCAAUAUGAUAUUUAAUUGAACAUAUUGUAUUCAUUUUUAUGUGAAAUGUAUCUAACAAGCGUUUCUCUCUC